AUGACUUUGUCAAUAUGGACCCAUUUGUACUCAGUUCGUUUGAUCCCAAUGCUUCCUGCUUCCGAUCCACGUACUAGUUAUUCUGGAAUGUGUGAAGAUCCUUCUGUUUGUCGUGACUUCCUGCGUAACGUUUGUAAACGUGGCAAAAAAUGCAAGUUUAAACAUCCACCAUCGGAGGAAUGUGAAAGGCUACGUCGUCUUGACAAAACAUUUUGUCACGACUUUCAAAAUUCAACAUGUCGCCGACCAAAUUGCAAAUUUUUGCACUAUACAAAAGAAGAAGAAGAAAUAUUUCGUCGUACUGGUUAUUUACCCCAUGAUAUGCAAUGGCCAUAUCGCUCAGCCUCAAAUACUUAUGAUGAAAAAACACCAAUUUGCAAGGACUUUACCAAUGGAGCCUGUAAUCGUGGAUCAAACUGCAAAUAUCGCCAUAUCAGUCAACAAUGCAAGAAUCACAUUUCAAAUCCAGAUAAUUCAUCUCACUUCCGUCAAUCGUCUUUCAUAAAUAAUGCAGUCAUUGUAUCACCAACUGAUUCACUUUUAAAUCCUGUAAGUAGUGGAUAUAUUCCUGGAGGCUCUUCGCAUUCACUUGUCGGUCUUAUUGGUAAUACAUCAACAGGACAGCCUACAUUGUAUACUGCUCAUUCAUCGCUUGUUUCACUUACGAGUGCUCGUCACAUUACUCCAUGUUCUUCUGUUCUCACAGUCGGUGCUGAUCCUAUACACCAUCCUAAUGUAAUCCAUCCUCAGACAGGACUAUCAGCACAUCAUGCAACUUACCAUAUUGUUCCACAUGAUGCCUCUCCACAUCAUCAUCAUCACCAUCAUCAUUUGCUUGCAACAAGUUCUAGUCAUUCACAUGCUCCUACUCUGUUAACUAUUCCUCUAUCUCAAUUCACUUGUAAUGUAAGCAAUAAUAGUUUAAUCCAGUCCCAGGCGGCUAUUGCAUGUUCUACUCAACAUCAUGCUGUUGUAACCGGUGUAUUACCAGCACAUCCAUCUAUAUCAACUGCACCUGCCGCAUACUUUCCCUCUUAUGGUGUUUUCCAAAUUAAUCAACCAACCCUGGAGACUUGUGAUCAGCAAGUUAAAACAGAAAUUCAUAAACAAGUUCAUGAAACUAAACAAUCAACUUGUUCGACAGCAGCACCAGCAACCACAACAACAACCCCGGUGGUGACUUCUGCUACAACAGCGGCAACUUCGGUCUCAUCUUCUACAACAGCUGUGUUAGCUGCAGCCGCUGCUGCUGGAUAUAUUGCUCAACAUUUACCGGUUAUUGGCUCUAACAACUUAUCUGGAAGCAGUAACAUAUCUCAGGAACAUAAUAAUAAUCUUAUACUCAAUCCAUCGAAAGGUGUCAACGUGCAUGAGUCUGCUAUAGCAGCUGCAGCGAAUUUACCAACAGUAUCCGCUGCAGCGGCAGCCGCAGUGGCAGCAGCCGCUGCAUUCGCCUGUUCAACUUCUAUUUCUCAAAAUUCAAAGUGUUGUGCUCUACUUUCAAAUGUUCAAACAAAACUCAAUGAAAUAGAUCCAGAAUCUGGUUCAUUCGCAUUUUUACCGCAUAAUAAUGCCAACAACAACAAUAAUGCUGCUGCUGCUGCUAGUAAUAAUAAUAAUAACGAUAAUAGUAAUUAUAAUAAUGUUAAUAACAGUACAACUUUAAAUAAUGUCGAGUCAUUUUCGUGUCAAGAUCCAACAUAUUUAUCGACUAACAUCAAAUCAGAUAAUGAUGAUCCUACUACAAAUACAAAAACAAUGAUAACUAAUAACUAUAAUUUUCAAAAUCGUUUAACCAGAGAAUCUUCGUAUACAUUAGAUAAUGCUAAUACUAAUAACAAUAAUAAUAACAAUAUGAAUAGUAACUGUGAAAAAUCUACGUCUUCAUUUGAUUCUCUAUCUAAUUCAACGCCUUCUUCAUCAGAAUAUCUAAAUCCAACUGAUGAAGAACAGGCUAAAACAGCGGCUGCUGUUGCUGCUGCAGCUUGUAUUGGUGCUAUUUUCUCUCAACCAAUGGCUGCGGUAGCUGCUGCAGCUAGUGGUGGUGGUGUCGGCGGUGGAGUUGGCAGUAAUGUUGCUAAGAAUUCAGCUCCAUCUUCAGUUGCUGCAAUGCUAGUAGAAAAUUUAAUAGGCUGUAAUCAACAAGAUUUUAUUUAUGCUGUCCAAUCAUCAACUUCAUCAUUGUCAUCAUCAUAUGGAUCAUCAUUACUAUCCAAGUCAUCAAGACAGAUAAAUAAUAAGUGUAAUACUAAUAGUACAAGCAGUUGUCAUUCACAGCAACAGAUGAAAAAACAAUAUCAUAUGACUACUGAAAAAAGUACAAAUGAUCAAAGUGAACAUAGUGGUGCCGAAGGCGGCAGAGGCAUUGGCAACGCAAAUCAUCAUUCAACAAACUAUCACAGUAUUCAAUCGAAUACUGUCAAUAAUUCUCCACAGACUUCAUCAUCAGAUCGUUGUAAGUGUUCAAAUCCCUUGUUAGAUAGUCAAUAUUCUCUACAGGAUGCGAUCACUUCAGAUGCAGCUAAUUGGUCCAGUGUAACAACAACUAUGGCUUCAGCUGCAAAAGCUGUAGCAGCAGCAGCAGCUGUUGCUGCAACCGCUGCAGUAACUGGUUCAGCCAAUUUCUUUCGAUUAACACAAUUUAAAAAUAAAAUGAAUUCACAAUUAGAAAGAAUACCAUACUCAUCAACAACAUCAUCAUAUCCAUCCACUUCUAAUGUGUAUAGUUCUCUACAUUGUAAUGAUGAUCAGUUUAAAAAUUCACAAUUGAAUACAGAAAAGUUAUCUUCAACUUCUAUUGAUAAGACACAACUCAAUACAGAUUUAUCAACUAAAAAAGCUGUAACAAUGACUAGCGCUGCAGCAGCAGCAGCAAUGGUUGCUGCAGCAGCUACAGUUGCUGCUGAACAACAUCAAUUAAUUGGAAAAAGUUUUUUAUCUGAAGUGACUUAUUCAAAUAAAUCAGAAAAACAACCUACACGUCGAGUAAUCAAUGGGAAUUCUCGUCUACUGAACACAAAUUGUAAUUAUCAUCGUACAUAUUCAUCAUCAUCAUCAUCAGCAUCACAUAAUGAUUUUAAUUCACCAUUAUCAUCUUAUAAAAGUGAUAAUCGAAUGUAUCAUUUAACACAUGAAUCUAAUCAAUAUCCUCCAAUGAAACGUCAUAAAAGCAAACGAAUGACACCAAUUGAUUGUCAUUAUACUGAUUACUCUAAUCUCCAUCAUCAUUCUAAUCUACGUGAAUCUGUUGAUGAUUAUGAAGAUGAUGAUGCUGAUGUCUAUGAAGAUGAUGAUAUUGAAUCGACUACAUUGAUGUCUCCAUCUCCUGAAGUUACACCACCAUACAAUCUAUCUAAAAAAUUAAGUAAAUGUAAAAAAUUACUUAAUUUCUCAUCUUAUCCUCAUCAAAUAGAUGAUGAUAGUAGACUAGUAUCUUGUGAAACUAGUCCAAAUCCAUGGAGAUCAACUAAUUGUAAUAUUAUCCUACAUCGAACUAUAAAUAAUCAUUUAAGUAAUACAAUAUUUCAUUGCUUACGUCGAUCUCUUUCAACUAGUUCUAUACCAUCGAAAUCAACUUAUGGAAUUAUAUUGAAAAUGCGAUCAAAAUCAUUUCCAGUUAUACAAUCUCAUUGUCAAAAAGAUGAAAAACGAAGCUUAUUCACUUAUUUGUUAAAGGAUAAUAAUCAUAAAUACAAUUCAAUGGAUAAUUAUCAAACGUCUAAUUCAUCUCAAUCUAGUAGUGUACCUUUUUCAAUUGCUCAAGCAGCUGCAGCUGUUGUAGCAGCAGCUGCACAAAAUCAAACGAAUCCAUCUGUAUAUGUAUCUUCACCGACAUCGGUUAAUAAUCAACAGAACUCAGCAACCAUCAGUGCUCUAGGUGAUGGAAGUGAUGGUGGUGAUGCGAAUACAAUCUCUACUGAUGGUAUAACUAUUCCGUCAAAUCAAACACUGACGGCUGUUCAAAUCCAAAGUACUCCACAGCUGCCUCAAGCAACUGCCUUAAUUCAACAUCAUCAUCCACAAGCAUUGAAUUCUCAACAACAAACUGGUAUAUCUAAUUACUAUCAACAUCAGAUGAAUCAUUCAAUAGAUACAUUGGCUGCUUCAAUUGGAAAUACAUCUGUAUCCCCUACUCAACAGAAUAAUAUAUCACAAUCUUCAUCAACUUUUCAGGUAUGCCAUAAUCCUAUUGUUUCAAUAGCUAAUGUUUUUCCAAAAUUAUCUUAUGAUGCAUCAUCUGAGAAUGCAAAAUUAAUUCCUAUAGGUGUACCGAAUACAUUAACAGUUGUUUUAGAUGAAAAUACCCCACAAACACCAACCUAUACAAUACCUUCAUCAGUUUCUUCACAUUCUAGUGUGUCAUUACAAAUCCCUGUGACAGUUGGAGCACAUUUAACACCAAUUGUCAGUUGUUCAUCACAUCAAGAUCCAACUAAAUUGGUUGUCUCUGUAACUUAUCCAAAUCAAGAUGUUGCUGCUGUUGCAGCCGCUGACGCCGUCACUGCUGUGAAUGUUAUACCCUCCACUACAUCAACUCAACAUACAUCAUCGAAUCGUAUCAAUACUCAAACAUGUGUUAUACCUAAUCAUCAAAUUCAAAUUGUACAUAAAUUGACAUCAGGUCAUCAAACCACAUGUAAAAAAUAG